GUGGUUAGAUUAUAGUAUUUGGGUGUAGAAAAUUGGGAGCUACCCACGUUGUAUUUCUGUAACUUCCAGUUUGAACGCAAAGCAAGACUUGGUGAAGUGGUGAUGUAUGCGAAAUGCAAUGCCACUUUCCUCCACUUUUACGUUUUCAUGGUUCCCCUCUUCUUUUUCAUUUAAUUCUUCAUUCCCUUUCUUUAUUUUCUUUCUCCCUUCUUUUCAUUCUCUUCUCCAAUCCUACUCUUAUCCCUAUUUCUUUUCAUCCAUGUAACUGGGCAACCUUUCGUCGUUGGGUCUGUGGGAGAAUAGGCAAAUUAGGUGAAGGGCUGAUAUUGAAUUCUGCUAGAUAUGGGUGCAUUUUUUAGUGUGGCCAGUACAAAAUCUGACAAGAGGGAAUGGAAUGGAGUCUCUCCAAAUGAGACAUGUAAGAGGCAAAGAAUGUCUCCUACUGUUGAUGAAGAGAGUCCAAGGCUCAUUCCUAAUCUCCCUGAUGAGUUAUCACUUCAGAUUAUUGCUAGACUUCCUAGAAUUUGUUACUUAAAUGCAAGGAUGGUAUCCAAGAAGUGGAAGUCAACUAUCAUGAGUUUAGACCUGUAUAAAUUGAGGAAAGAACUUGGGACAACUGAAGAGUGGCUGUAUCUGUUGAUUAAGGCUGGAGAAAAUAAUCUUGUAUGGCAUGCUCUAGAUCCUCGUUCUAAGAUAUGGCAGAGAGUGCCCAACAUGCCCAAUUUUGCUGAAGAAGAAGAACCUAGAAAAGGCUCUUCUAGGCUUUGGAUGUGGAACAUGGUGGAGGGUAUCAGAAUUGCUGAAGUUAUUAGAGGUUUUCUUGGACGGAAGGAUGCAUUUGAUGAAAUGCCCUAUUGCGGCUGUGCAAUUGGAGCUGUUGAUGGGUGUCUCUAUGUUCUUGGUGGAUUUUCUAAGGCUUCAACUAUGAGGUGUGUGUGGCGAUUUGAUCCGAUACAAAGUACAUGGAGCAAGGUGACUCCAAUGUCCACGGGUCGGGCGUACAGUAAGACAGGUGUCCUAAAUAACAAGCUUUAUGUUGUUGGAGGGGUUAGUCAAGGUCACGCUGGAUUGGUUCCUCUCCAAUCUGCUGAAGUUUUUGAUCCCUCUACAGAUACAUGGUCGCAUGUACCCAGCAUGCCAUUCUCCAGAGCUCAAGUCCUUCCCAGUGCCUUUUUGGCUGACAUGUUAAAGCCUAUUGCCACAGGGUUGACCUCAUACAUGGGAAGGUUGUGUGUUCCACAGAGUCUGUAUUCAUGGCCCUUUUUUGUUGAUGUUGGGGGAGAAAUCUAUGAUCCUGACACUAACUCAUGGAUAGAAAUGCCUGCUGGUAUGGGUGAAGGAUGGCCUGCACGGCAGGCAGGAACCAAAUUGAGUGUAGUAGUGGACGGUGAAUUAUAUGCUUUUGACCCUUCUAAUGCUAUGGAUAGUGGAAGGAUCAAAGUUUAUGACCGAGGUGAAGAUGCUUGGAAAGUAGUUAUUGGAAAAGUUCCCAUAUAUGAUUCUGCUGAUUCAGAGUCUCCAUAUCUACUUGCUGGUUUCCAUGGUAAGCUCCAUGUUAUCACAAAAGAUGCCAAUCAUGAUAUUGCUGUUCUGCAGGCAGGUCUGCGGAAUAAUUUGGGUUCUUCACCAUCACUCACAACUCUGUCACAAAGUACAUUGCAUGAAUCUCCAGAACUGGCUUCUGAAUCAGAUGCAGCAGUUGUUUGGAGGGUUGUUGCCUGCAGAGAUUUUGGGCGGGCUGAGCUAGUCAGUUGCCAAGUUAUUGACAUAUAGAUGAAAAAUUAGAAUUUGGAUCCUCUGGUUUUUCUUUUAUUGUUCCUAUGCUGUAACUUCAAAAUAUACUGAUGGACAAUGAUUUUGAUGUUUUAAAAUAUAUCAAAUAAAACUUUAAUAUACCAACAUCAGUAUAUUUUGAAUACCCAGCAUAUUACAGAAAAAAAAACAAGCAAAAACCUGGAUUCGACAAGUGACUGUAUCUGUUUGUUGGCAGUUACAGGAGUUAGCCUUAUGGUAAUUGAAUUGUGUCCAUUUGUGUCAGCAAAACAGCAAGUGCUGUGAUAGUUGCAAUAGGCAUAUAGUGCAGCACCGAUUUAUCUUUUCACACGAGGUAAAUAAGUGUUAUAGGAAUUGUCAAUUUCGUUGUUGAUAUGCUCUACUAUAGUAUCACACCUUUAUGUCAUUAGAUUCCAAUAGAUAAUCUAAAUAAAAAGUCCAAUUAUGGCGCUGAAAA